CUACUGCUGUUGUUGUUGCUGCCGUUACAGGCUGCUACUGCUGUUGCUGUCGCUAUCGUUGCCGCCUGUUGCUAACGUUGCUACGGUGUUCCUGACAUCCAGUCUCGUAAACGUUGUUCCAGUAGCAAACCAACUAUUGUUCACGCAACUUAAAGAGAUUACACUAACAUCACAAAGUAGAUAUAAGACGAUAUGAGAAAAUCUAAAGCAAAAAAUCGAUGAAGAAAAUAAAGAAAAUAACAACAAAAACAAGAACAACAAGAAGAAGAGGGCGAAGAAGCGGAGGGGGCAGAAGAGGAAGAUAAAGAACAUGGAAAUCAAGAGAGCAAGGCUGAAGAGCUGAUUUUUGAAGUUGAUAUCGUCGUAUAUGUUAGCAACAUGCGGCCAAUCAUGGGGCCAGCAUGUGGCUAACACGUGAGCAGCACGUGACCAAUAUAUAGCCAACAUGUAAACCAAUAUGUGUUGAAGAUGUGGCCUUUGUGCGACCAGUGUGUGUUUAGCAUCUGACCAUCACGUGACUAUCGUGUAACUACAGUUUGACUGACAUAUGACAACGACUUUGACCAAUAGCUGACCGUCACGUGACUAACUAACAUCUAGCGAACGCGUUAUUGACAGUUGACCAGUGUGUAACCAGCAUCUGCGCAGUAUCUGGUCAUCACGUGACCAGCACCUGACCAACGCGUUAUCGACAGCUGACCAGAGAUGCGACCAACAACAACGGAGCAGUAUCCGAUCAUCAUGUGACCGACACCUGACCAACGCGUAACCGACUACUGACCAGAGAGAGACCAGGUUCUGAGCAGUAUCUGAUCAUCACGUGACCAACACCCGACCAGCACAUUAUCGACAGCUGACCGACAUGCGUGGGCGUGGAGCGUGUGAUCAGCUUGUGGUUAGCAUUUGAUCGUUGGGUGACUAGCGAGUGACCAACAUGUGACCAGCGCGUGACCAACAUGUGACCAGCGCGUGACCAACACUGAAAACGGCGGGUCCGCAGCAUGUGCCACUUAGACAGCGAUGUGAAUACUAUUAGCAAAGACAAGAAAAUAGACACCCCUCUAUUACCUCCGCCCUCAAAAUAUAACAACCACCACCACGACCACCACCACGACCACCACCACCACAUCCACCCUUCGCUUUUCUACUCCUGAAGAAAUGAGGAAAAACAAACAAACAAACAAACAAGCAAACAGGAACAUGAAAUAAUUUAAGAUCGAAUUUAAACCAAGCUAGAUAUAAAAAGAAAAAAGGAAAGAAACCACAAGCAAGUAUAUAAACACAACAACAACAACAAAAUAAUAAUAAUAAUAAUAAUAUGAUGAUGAUGAUGAUGGUGAUGAUGAUGGAGUGAUGAUGUGAUUUUUAAAAGAAGUUUUCGAUUAGUGAAUAUAAUAAUUAUUAAAGAAACGGUAGUCAACCGUUAAACUGAAACAUCCAUCUCAAAAUACGCCAUCGUCACGGUACAGGCUUCACCAUCAUAGACAGCGGUGCCACCACCAUAAUCACUGCCACAGAUACUAGCAGCAGCAGCAGCAUCACUAAGUACCACCGCCACAAAAAAAAUAUAUAUACAUAUUAUCAGCUCUGAUAUAACUGCUACGCCACUAAGCCACCACGACCACCACCUCUAAGGAUUUUGUCAUUAUAUACGGCACCACAGCCGUCCACUAUUAUCACUACCAGCAUAAACAUCGUCGCCGUUAAUACCAUCAUCAUCAACAUCAUACAAAAUACCACCAGCUUUCAAACGAAAAAAAAAAAAAAAAGAAACCAAAACACUAGCCGUGGUACCUUACCACAUCGCCACAGUCUUAUCAGUUCUCAUCUCCGCAGACUGCCCUACCAUUCCAUCACAGUCGCUUUCACCAAGAACAUUGCCAUCGUAGAUACCAUCACCGUCACUGCGAAACACUACUGCCUCAACCCCCCCCCCCCAAAAAAAACAACACAAAACAAGACAAAAAAAAAGCAGCAACAAAAAACACGGCCCUACUGCUUGUAACCCCUACACUACACCACAGAAGCGCCGCUGUGCUACGGGCCACACCAGCGCCACCACACACAUAUCAAUCUGCAUCAACGCCACUGCUACAGAUAUCAUAUUCAUAACAGCCACAGCAAAAAUUAAAUACAUAAAUAAAUAAAUAAGUAAAUAGUGAUAAAUAAACAAAAUAAUAAUAAUAAUAAUAAUAUUUUAAAAUGCAUUUAAGUUCUACGAACACCAGAGAAAGAAAAAAAUCCGCUUGGGAUGAAUCUCAGCUUUAAACAGAAAAUAAAAAAAAAGCUGUCAGCAAUAAUAACAAAAUAUAGCAAUCAUUAACGCCGUAAUCACCACCACCACCGCCACCACCAACAGCAGCAACAACAGCAACAGCAACAUCGCUUCUUGUUCUUUUUCUUUUUCUUCACUAUAGAUUUAGUUUAGUUGUAAGUUAUUUCAUCAUGGCAGCAGCUUGGCAGGCGCCAUGAUAGAAUUUAGGACCCAAAGCGAAUGCAACGCAAGACGGGAAAAUUUUUUUAAAAAAGAACUGUUUUAGUUUGUAAAUGUUAGAAUAAAGAAGACUCGGGAAUACACACAACACACGUACACACACAUACACCAAUACACAUACACACACACGCAUAUAACACAGAUACAUACACAUAUUCACACACCCACAUACGUACAAAGUACGCCCAUAUCCAUAAAAAAAACUCACAAACACACACAUACGCACGUACAAAAUACGCUCAUACACAUACAACCACACACACAACACAGACACACACACACACACACACACACACACAGAGAAACAUACUCAUAUAUCAUAGGGAAUAUUUUCUGUGUUUAAGAAAAAUGACAUCGCAUGUUUAAAUUUCUAGAGAUUUAAAUCAUAUUCUUUCAUAAAAUUCCUGAUAAACAUUAUAAUAACAGCGGUAUUAAUUAUUGUUGUUGUUAUUAUUAUUAUUAUUAUUAUUAUUAUUAUUAUUAUUAUUAUUAUUGUUAUUAUUAUUACACUGUUUUGCAAACUUUACACAUUCAUACAUAUCUUUACUUGGCUAAAUACAACAGUUUGCCUUGGCACUUGAUAAUAUUGACUUAUUUCAUACGUUUCUUAAAGAAACUUACAAAAAAUAUAAAUUAAAAUAACAACAUACACACACACACACACACACACACACACAUAUAUAAUUGCAUGUGCACGCUCAUACUUCUACCUACGUAGAGGUCUUUUAUCUUAUGGGCAGUUUAUCACAACAGAUAUGGCUGCUAGUCAUUUAACUCUUGAUUCGGAACUACAGAAAGUGAAGCUGGCCAUUCUGGGUGCUCCGGGCGUGGGUAAAACGUCGAUAAUCCAACAGUUUGUUUGCAGUCAUUUCACGGAGGAUUACGAACCAACAGAAUCCAAGCAAGUCUACAUACCGUCCGUCAUUAUCAACGAUCAUUUGUACGAACUGAAAAUCAUUGAUUCUCCUUACAUCCCGUACUUCCCAGUAAAUUCUCUGUAUGAAUGGACAGACUUUCGCGGCUACGAGUUGCGCAGCGCCACAGCAUACGUUUUAGUUUACGACAUCACGUCGGAGGAAAGCUUUCAGUACAUUAAAUCGCUUCGGGAACAGAUAAUCGAGAGCAGGGACAUGCAGGAUGUUCCCAUCUUCGUGGUUGGUAACAAGCAUGACCAAGCCGAAGAGAGAGGCAUGUCGAGGCGGGAAGUGGCAAAUGUCGUUAAAAAGCAGUGGAAGUGCGGCUACGUGGAGUGUUCAGCCAAAUACAAUUGGCACAUUGUACUCUUGUUCAAAGAGUUAAUGAAAACAAUUGACUAUAUAGAUUACGGACAUAAACCCACGGCGAUUCGGGUACAGGACGCAUUGCGGCGCAAUAGAUGUGUCAUAUUAUGACACACUUUUUUUUAUAUUGGUUAAAUUAUUUAAUAAUGUUUGAUUAAAAAGUAAAAAAAAAAAAAAUAACAAAAAAAAGACAAAACAAACGAAAUGUUGAAAAUUUGUUACAUAUGUUUAUA